AUGGCAGCGCAGCUCUUUCUGGGCGCCAGCCGCGGUGACGUGGGCCUGGUGCGGACAGCUUUGAGGCGCCGAGAUGCGAGCCCCGACACGGUGGCAGUGACCUGUAAGUGCAUGCUGCACGAGGACUCUUGCGUUUGCUUGGGCUACUCCCCUUUGCACUGCGCUGCGCAGGCGGGCUCUGCCGGCUGUGUGGAGCUUUUGCUAAACGCCAAGGCGGACUCGUCCGUCCGGUGCAGACGUAUUCGAUUCGGCGUCCUCCGUGGCGACGAGGUCGCGGUGGUCACCGUGGACCAGCUUUCGCCGCUGCAGGUGGCGGUGAGCUGCGGGCACCUGGAAGUCACUGAGCUGUUGCUCAGCCGCGGAGCAGACGUGCUUCAAAGGGCCAAGGAGCCGCCGGAGGAUGCCGUGAGCCUGGCUGCUUGGGCGGGCCAAAGCCAUUUGCACGGCAUCCUGCGGGAAGCCGCACGUGAUCAGGCUUGGAAGCUCGCGGCCGGUGCAGGUUCCUGUGCAGCGCGGCCGGAAUCCUUUUGUCUUGAAGGAUCCGAGCGCUUGAUGCAGAACCCGAGGCUGCUGGCCCUGCGCAACCGAAUCCUCGCACGGCAGGAGAAACGUGAAGAACGCAGCCCACGCCGAGAAGCUGCUUUGCCGGAUCGGGCAUAG